AUGAAGACCGAUUUUAAGUUCUCCAAUCUCUUGGGAACGGUCUAUCGCAAGGGAAAUCUUCUCUUUACUCCCGAUGGAACAUGCUUGCUGUCGCCAGUAGGUAACAGAGUCUCUGUCUUUGACCUUGUGCAAAACACUUCAUACACUUUGCCCUUUUCGCACCGUACAAACAUCGACCGUCUCGAUCUCUCGCCGCGAGGUAACCUUCUCUUGACCGUCGAUGAAAAUGGCCGCGCCAUUCUGACCAACUUCCAACGGCGCAUCGCCAUUCACCAUUUCUCUUUCAAAGGCCGAGUUUCUGCGCUCAAAUUCUCUCCCUCUGGACGACACUUCGCCGUUGGUGUGGGAAGACGCCUGCAGAUCUGGCAGACCCCUUCUACUCCGGGUACCGAGAACAAUGGCGAGAUUGAAUUUGCUCCUUUCGUUCUCCACCGAGACCUCGCCGCCCACUUCGACGACAUUCAGAGCGUAGAGUGGUCCAGCGAUUCGCGCUUCUUGCUCACUGCUGCCAAGGACUUGACAGCACGAGUAUGGAGUAUGGACCCCGAGGAAGGAUUCGAGCCAACUACCCUGGCAGGACACAGGCAGGGUGUUGUGGCUGCCUAUUUCAAUGCGUCCCAGGAAUCUAUCUACACUGUCAGCCAAGAUGGUGCGCUAUUCCGUUGGGAAUAUGUCUCAAAAAAGGACGAGGAGACAAUGGAGGACAUUUCCGAAGCCCGGUGGAGAAUUGUCAAGAAGGAUUUCUUCAUGCAGAACGAUGCCAAGGUCAACUGUGCGGCAUUCCACGCACCGUCCAACCUCCUGGUUGUGGGCUUCUCCAGUGGCUUAUUCGGUCUUUAUGAUCUGCCCGAGUUCAACAUGAUUCACCUCCUAAGUGUUUCCCAAAGCAACAUUGAUGUUGUGACUAUCAACAAGUCAGGCGAGUGGCUCGCAUUUGGAUCUUCCAAGCACGGUCAACUACUGGUGUGGGAAUGGCAGUCCGAAUCCUACAUUCUCAAACAACAAGGGCAUCUCGACUCUAUGAAUGCCCUUACAUACUCUCCAGACGGCACAAAGAUUGUUACGACUGCAGAUGACGGUAAAAUUAAGGUGUGGGAUGUCAAGUCAGGCUUCUGCAUUGUCACAUUCACCGAACACACUAGUGGAGUGACAGCGUGCCAGUUUGCCAAAAAGGGAAGUGUUCUGUUUACGGCAUCAUUGGACGGUUCCAUUCGUGCGUGGGAUCUUAUUCGUUACCGUAAUUUCCGAACAUUCACUGCUCCAUCCCGACUUUCAUUUGGCUCGCUCGCUGUUGACCCUAGUGGCGAAGUUGUCUGUGCUGGUUCCCCAGACUCGUUCGAUAUCCAUGUAUGGUCUGUGCAGACUGGUCAAUUGCUUGACCAGCUCUCUGGCCACGAGGGUCCUGUUUCCAGUCUUGCUUUCGCUUCCGAUGGCAACCACCUUGUCAGUGGAAGUUGGGAUCACACAGUCCGUAUCUGGAGCAUCUUUGGACGCUCCCAGACCAGUGAGCCUCUCAAGCUCAUGUCUGACAUUCUCAGUGUGGCUUUCCGCCCAGAUGGAAAGCAAGUCGCUGCGUCUACUCUGGAUGGCCAGCUCUCCUUCUGGUCUGUCGAAGAUGCUAUCCAGCAAGGUGGAGUUGACGGCCGCCGUGACGUCUCUGGAGGUAGAAAAAUUGCGGAUCGCCGCACUGCUGCUAAUGCUGCAGGCACAAAAUCAUUCAACAGAAUCACAUACAGUGCCGAUGGUAGCUGCAUUCUGGCCGGUGGAAACAGCAAGUACAUCUGCUUGUAUGAUGUCGGCACAGGAUCACUGAUCAAGAAGUUCACGGUCUCCGUCAAUACCUCUCUUGAUGGAACCCAAGAAUUCCUCAACAGUCGUGACCUGACUGAGGCUGGUCCCCGUGCUCUCAUUGAUGAGACCGGUGAAGCCUCCGACCACGAAGAGCGCGUGGAUCGCACCCUUCCCGGUGCAAAGCGCGGAGAUGCUGGCUCACGAACCACUCGCCCCGAAGUGCGGGUCACAUCUGUUGACUUUGCGCCGACUGGACGGUCGUUCUGUGCCGCUUCCACCGAAGGUCUGCUCGUCUACAGCCUGGACACAGACUUCAUCUUUGAUCCGUUUGAUUUGGAUAUUACUAUCACACCUUCCAGCAUUCUUGCCACGCUAGAUGCUGCCAAGCAAGCGGCCGCUUCCGAUACCGUCGACGAGGACAACACUUUCCUCAAGGCUCUUAUCAUGGCUUUCCGAUUGAACGAGCAAAAGCUUCUUCGCGCCGUCUACGAGUCAAUUCCUCCGUCAGAUAUUCCCCAUGUGGUUCGAUCCGUGCCCUCCGUUUACCUCCCUCGUCUUCUCCGAUUUGUUGCACAUGCCGCCGAAGAGACCCCCCACUUGGAAUUCAACCUGAUGUGGAUUGAGUCCAUGUUCAGCAGCCAUGGUCGCUACUUCAAGGACAACACAGGUGUAUUUGCACCCGAGCUUCGCGCCGUCCAGCGUGCUGUCGAUGAUAUUCGCGAGAACCUGAAGCGUCUGACUGAAAAGAACCUCUAUGAUCUCAACUACCUGCUUUCCAAGCCUGUUCUUGAAUCUAAGAAGACCAGCAGUGCUCUUUUGGCCAUGGAUACCACCGAAACCGACGGUGCUGAUGAUCAGAUGGUUGACGCUGACGAUGGAGAGUGGGAAGGUCUUGAAUGA